AUGCCUCAGCAAAUUAAGGAUAUCAAGCAGUUCCUUGAAAUUGCCCGUAGAAAGGAUGCUCAAUCUGCCCGUAUCAAGAAGAACGCUGAUUCUGUCAAGUUCAAGGUCAGAUGUUCUCGUUAUCUCUACACUCUUGUUGUCAAGGACAAGUCCAAGGCUACCAAGCUCAGACAAUCUCUCCCUCCUGCCCUUGCUGUCAACGAGAUCUAA